UUUUUCUGGAGAGAAGAAAAAAGGGAGAAAAAAAGACGGGUGGAGCAAACAGGGUGUGUCAGCCUCUAUUUAAAAAGGUUUGUGUCCAGGCUGAUCGCUCAGAUCCCUCUCCUCCACUCUUGUGACUAACACAGGUUUUCAUACAAUCUUGCCAACAUGUCAGAUCUUGUCCAGGCAAUGGCACUCCUCAGGUCUGUCUUCAACAAGCAUGCUGGUAAAGAAGGAGACCCGGAGACUUUGACCAAGAAAGAACUCUGUGACCUGCUAAAGCAUGAGGGUUUUGUGACUGAUGCCAAAGACAAGUGUCAGGUGGACAAUUUCUUCAAGGAGCUGGAUAACAACCAGGACGGCGUUGUUAGUUUCCAGGAGUACGUCACUUUUGUUGCAGCCCUCAGUGUGAUUUGCUAUGGGAAAUAAACCCUUUGACAAUUUUGCCUCAGAAGUUUUUGCCUUAUUUAAUUUGUGCUAAAUGGGAAAAAAACUGAGUGCUCUAACUUACAGACACAUCUAUAAAACAUACAUGUCAUUAUCAUAUGUUGUGAGAUGGAAAACUUGGUUAAACACACACACAUUAAUCAUAGGUGGGUUAUUAUGUUGGCUUCAGAUGUGCUGGCUUUGAGUGUGUAUCACUGAUUUUGGAAUGUCAGAAGUGCCUAAUAAACAAACAAAAAUAAA